AUGAAACAAUACAACAAGGAUAAUCCGCCUGUUAAUCCUCAACCUCUUUUGCACCCACAGACGCUUCGGCAGGCGAUAGUCAGCAUGCUCCUAAAUGUAAGAAUAAGUGUCUCAGAGGUAAUGAAGUUUGGAUGUCAUGAUAAUCAAGAUAGAUAUUACAACGACGCCAUCAUAGAUCAAUACUACGAGGACGACUCAUAUCAACUUCAAUACUGUAUGGACGAGGUUACUGGCGAAUUGGUCAAAUUUCAGCCAGAAAUUUUAUCGUCAACUACCGAUCACCUAUUUGAUUCGCCUGAGAUUCUUACCAGUGCUACAGCGUCGGAUGACUUAAGAAUUAUUGUGGAAAAGGCUGAAUCAGAUAAUCUUCAUGCCUACAUUUUCGAUCGAGAAAGUUUGGAAACAAACACUAUGGCCCUUACCACCAAGUAUUUACUAAAAGAGUCUGUUGACAUUGACCACUAUCUGACAGUGUGUUACGGUGGAUCUGAUGAUCAAGAGGAAGGUGCGGAUCAAGACGCAGAAAUCGACUACUCCGAGCUGAAACCCAAUUUUGAUGUCCUCACUUUAGAUUACUAUCUCACAGACCAAGAACAUAAUAAGUUUGAAGAUAUCAAUACUCUUAGAAAGCUCAUGUCUUUGGAAGAUGUCGGUGAGUCCAUCCGUCCAACCAUUGUUGCCCAUACUCCAUUCAUCUGCUAUCUUAUUCAGACUACGCCUAAUCCUCAUUUCAAGCAGUUAAUGUUCAAAUUUGUGAAAGACCUCAUCACUUAUGAAACCGACAACUCAUUAGACCUUGACCACUUUGCACUGCUUAUAAACUGCAUUUUUGGGGCAACGAGAUCAGCGUCUGAGAAUCAAACCUAUAGCUGUGGCGUGAAAACAUUGUAUGCGACGCUGGGGGCCGUGGCAAUGGAAGAUUUUAUUGAGGGAUUUGAUUCCUGGUUUGUUAAGGACCCCCCAGAUUACGAGGUGGAGCUAGAACUGCUGAAAUUGGUUUUGCUUAAAAACUUGCAAGCACUAAGCUGCGACUUGUAUUUAUUUGAUGCAGUCUCUGAAAAGAUCAAACCAUUGCUUUCGCGGCUUCCAGAAAGCUGGAAGGUUUCCGAAAUGAGACUUGUGUGGGAUAUGAUCUGCUGCCAUGUGGGUAAUGAGAACAGUCUUCGUGGGCAGACGUUGCCUGGGAAACCUGCAGAGAAUAAGCGCAAAUGCUCUGUAGCCCUGGACCCAAUCCCAAGUCCCACGAAGAAGUUCAAAGGACUCAGAAGCUCAAAUCGGAACGACUUUGCAUACACGUGA